GAAGAAAACGCAGAAGAAGAGUACGUUCUGCUGCCUGGUGUUCGUAUCCGUGUCUCUUCGCUCCGAUAAUCGGUGGUUUUGCUGCGAAAUUACGAACGUUAAUAGUCGCGAUUCCGUCCCCGUUCGUCCGCCGUCCACCGUCCGGGGACACAGGCGGUGUUGCGGGGGUCCGUUUUUCCACGGAUUGCCACGCUUCCCGUACGCGUUUGUUUGAGACCACAGUGAAAGAGGGCCUUGGAACGACGACACAGCGAAGAAGUAGGCCUGCCUUGUGCACGUCCGUGUUUGCCGUUCAGAUACGUAGCUACGGGCGACGGGCUCCGAUUCCUUCGUUAAAGUGCCUCCCAUAUCCGUGCAACCGUGCAUCGACCGUGAAUGUCGUCUGGUAUCGUCGCUGGCAGUACCUACGGUUGCUGCAGACGGUCGUGUCGAGCUACUGUGUGACUCUUUGCAAAGCGGACAGUACGUGCAGGGCGAUACGGCCCGUACCAGACGUGCAACAUGUUUAACAAUUACGGCAACACGAUGGCGACGGAUCCGUUCCGGAAGGUGGAACAGUACUCGCCCAAAUCGUCGCCCCGUGCUGGAGGGGCCGGGGGACGAUCGCCCGUCGUCGCCCGUCAGGAUUCCUCCGGCACAUUAAAGACUACGAUCCAGCUUGGGAAAAACCCCUCGAUACUCCACAGUGGACCGUUUUACUUAAUGAAGGAACCACCCGGGGAAGGCGAACUGACCGGAGCCACGAAUCUGAUGGCACACUAUGGUUUAGAGCAUUCGUAUAGUAAAUUUAGUGGUAAAAAAGUUAAGGAACAGCUAUCAUCAUUUCUCCCGAAUUUACCUGGUGUCAUCGAUGGACCGGGGCACCUCGAUAAUAGUUCCCUACGAAGUGUGAUCGAAAAACCACCGAUCGUGGGCAAAGAACUGCUUCCACUCACCAGCGUACAGCUCGCCGGAUUCCGUCUACAUCCCGGACCGCUUCCGGAGCAGUACAAACACUUAAAAACCGCACCAACUAGAAAGCAUAAGAAUAAGCAUAAGAAACACAAACACAAGGAUGGCGUAGCGCCACCGGAACAGUCUGCGCUCGAAGCGGCCGGGCUCGAUACGCACGAGAAGAAGCACAAAAAGCAGAAAAGACACGAAGACGACAAGGAGCGCAAGAAGCGGAAAAAGGAGAAAAAGCGCAAAAAACAACGGCACAGUCCGGAGCAUCCGGCCGGCGGUGGUGGGACGGCAUCGGUACCACCGCAAACGCAAGUCUAUUAGCCGAUCCUGUCGAAAGGGUACACUUUAUGCAUACAACACAUCCACACCUACGCAUACGCAUAUAUUGAUAUACAAAGAUACAAAUAAUUAGGGAGCGAUGUAAGAGGCAAUCGGCAAAAAUUAAACGGGAAAACCCCCCGUGUCAGCUCGACCUUGCUCUCCCGUUCCAUUGCCACACGGCCGAACCAUUGCGUGGUGGUGUAUAGAUAUUAAAGCCGGAAGAGUUCACGAGGAUCAACAUGCGAUCCUUCCAAAGUGUUGCCGGGCGCGUGUUUAUAAGGAACUUAUGGGUGAAAACUGUACGACUGGCGAGAAGAAUGGCUUCCGAUGAUGUGGUUUCAUUGUUUUUGUUUUUCUUUGUUAAACAAAUUGCCUUCCCUUUCCAUAAUGCCGUACAAUCCGGUGAUUCACUCACACAUCAAAGAGAGUGGCAACGAUCCUGUCUCGCCACACAACACACGGUGUACACGGCGAUAGUAUGUGGCUCCUCACACGAGUUUCGAUGAAGCCCUAUAAUAUAGUGCCAGAAUAGCAAACACGUAGAGUGGAUUCCGAAUUCUACUGUUGAAUCUUAAUUUAAACAACAAAACACAACGAGAAGAUAACGAAGGUUGCACGAAAGCAUGUUAAAGUCGAGCUGUCCAUCUUCCACUUGUCGCACUUGGAAGCUCUCAAAGAAGAAAUGGUUAAGAUGCGUCUGUUUUUUUUUAUAUCAUUAAAGGGGAAGCGUGUUUGCACAACAGAACGCCUCAUCUCCCAUCCUCUCUCGGCACCUUUUGAUAAUUAAGUUUUUUUUUUCUUCUUUUGUUAAAUAUGUAUAAUAUCUUAAAAUUCCACUUGCUCCUUUUAUCCUUUCCCCACAUACAAUCCUCUAGUGUGAAUCACUCUGCUUACGCAGUGCUCUUUUAACUUGUGAGUCCUCUUUCCAGUUUUACACAUCGAUACGUAAACACGUUUGUUUAGCUACAUGUAUAUUAUUGUAUAAGACAGUAGCGAGAAGAAAAAAAAUCCGAUAUCCUUAAGGUAUGUUGGGAAUGUGUAAUAUUAAGAAGGUUUUUUCUGUUUGCUAUUUGGCGCACACAUACGGAAUGCAAACGGGGGACAGGUUCGCGGUGAGAGGAUAAUGAUUAGACAUAUGUAUGGGGCAUUGCCAACCAUCCACCAUAUCGGAUAGAAGGGGGAAAGAUUAUUUCGUACAGCAAACCAAUCUAAUGGAAUGGGGAAGCAACGACGGUGUGUGAAUGGUAACGAUGGUAAAGAUGCAGCAAAUUUACUGUGCAGUUGCAAUAUCAGGUGCCUGGACGACGGGUUGAACUGUGUAUAAAGUACUGAGGGAUACAGAGACAGCGAGAGAAUGAAUGAAAUUGAACUGUUGGUCCGCUAAAUACUAAAUAAGAUGCAAAUUUAGUAAGAUUACGUGGAUGGGUGCCCCCAUCGCAACAAAUCGUACUAAUCAAUACAAGCAGCAUAAUGUUUGAAAUAGAAACAGAAAAACAAAUAAACCAACAAAUAAAAAAAGAGAUAACGAAGAGGUAAAACAAAAUAAUACCACACAAAAACCAAUGUUACAAAACAAUACAAAACAAAAUGUAACAAGUAGGGAAAAGAUUAUUUCUUAAUAAGGACCCACACGGGAGCCUUUUUUUCUCGUCUCAUUUAUGCAAUGUUUAACACUCACGAGGAUAACGACCGUUCUUAGUUCAAAUGUGGUUAACCAAUCUCCCAUUUAUCACACCAUUUUUUCACCAAUUUUUGGUAUACUUCUAUAAUGGAGCAUUCUUUGGAGACUUCAAGCAUUACUGAUUUGCGAUGAUGGCAAAAUAUCGCAAGAAAAUGAAUGAUAUUGAAGAAAAAUACACUCCAAAGGAAAUUCAGUUCUUUGAUUGGUAGAAGAUGUUGGACGGAUCUCUGGAACAGGAUCGUAACCAUUUGAUCAUAGUUAUAUCGUGCCUCAAAAACUAUUCUUUACAGCAAACCAGAUCAGAAUCUAGGUGAGAUUAAAACAAUAAACGAAUGAGUAAUGUACGACAUUGAGUUAUGCCAAAAUAGCAGCCAAGCAUAGCGCAGAAUCUGCAAGCAAAUUCUAUCUGGCGGUAAUGAGUCUUUUUUUCAGUAAGCGAUAUUAACAACAGCUAACCGUUACAACACGUCCGCCUCUCAUUGAAUGCCUUUUAGUUUUGUAAAGAAUAGCAGAACAGGGCAAACUGUACCCGUGAUGCUAAGACAUUACUAAAUAGACGAGGAAAAACCCCCGAUGUUGCGUCAAAGAAACAGAGAGAAAUGAGAGGAGUGUACAUGGAGGUUAUGAUAAAAUGAAAAUGAAAGCCUCUCCUCCACCACUCCGUUUUGUAUUUAUAAUCGUACUGUGGAAUUAUUUAACUUUUAUUUCCUAUAUUUUAGCAAUAAACACUGAAAUGGAAAACAAACUGACAAAAAAACAGUCGAACCCAUCGAUAA